CAGCCAGACAUGAUUGCAAACGUGCCUUGGGACGGUUUGUACCCAUGCAGAUCAAGUGGCGUUUCCACCACAUUCUCCAACGGCGACACUUUCCAGGUCGCAAUCAAUCCAGCUAUCAAAGACUGGGAAGAGUCCAAGAGCUAUGCAGGCGAUGCAAAGCAUACCUUUGGAAACGAAUUCAAGUGCUGGGCCGAGCAUGGCAAGCCGGCUUUCGACCUUCCGGAUGGAACAGCUUGUACCAGCGCCUACAUUUGCUUCCAUCAGCCAGAUGACCCGCCACCCGCGCCUGCCACCGCGCCUGCCACUGGCUUCCAAGUGGUAACCGACUAUGGCAUGUCCAAAGAGGAGAUCCAGGUGCGCGUGCAGGGCACCAAUUCUGAGGUCGCAGACUGGACGCCCGAGGCUGCUUUCAGCCACAUUAAUGAGGACGAUGAGGGUCUUCAGUGCAAAGGAACGUCUUACAGCAUUGGUAAUGACUGCAGUAUUAUUUUCGACGGUUGCUUUUUCUCGGCGCGUGAGAAUGUCCCUAGCAUGAAAAAGACUCUGAUCGAAGCCGUGGCAUCUGCGGUUGCGAAGACAAGUGUGACU